AUGGGUACCCACAGAAAUGAAAAGCAACACAAGCGAAAAUCGCCUGUCAAGGCAAAGGAGCAUAAAAAGAAUGGAGCUCCAAAUAAGAAUGAGAAGAAACCGCAUAGCCCAGUAAACUCUAUGCGCAGCGACAAAAAGGAGGAGCAUUCGGGAAAGAAACCAAAACAAACCGAAAAAGGAAUUGAAGAGGCGUUGAAAGAGGCUCGGACUCAAGAACACCAAGAUGUUAUUGUCCAUGAACCUACAUUUCAACCUUUACUUCGUCAAAUCCAAACAGCCCGUUGCUACAGACUGCUUCGACCACCUGCUCGAACCUCUCAACAGCUCACCAGUCCACUUAUGCCGUCUCCAUGUCCCAAUACUCCGACAAACCGUUUCUCAACUCCACCAUUAAUAAAAUCUGUUAAUGUGCCCAUAAUAGUCCCAUUACAGCCGGAACAAUAUAAUGGGUAUAUAGCCGGAGCAACAUCACCGCAGGCAAGAGAUGGAAAAUCCAUUUUUGCGGAUAAGAAUCUUCAGCCAAUGGAUAUAUAUCCUUAA